AUGGCCUCACCCAAAGAUAGCCCACGCAUGAAUGGAUGGGUGGGUUCUCUGCCUCUGCAAGGCAAAGUGAUUGCUAUCACUGGAGCUGCGUCGGGUAUGGGAGCUUGUGUCGCCCAGGUACUCGCGAGUCGGGGCGCAGUCGUGUCCCUGGCGGACCUGAACGAAGUGGGCCUUCGAAAGACUCUUGACUCGCUUCCCGGCGAUAAAAGUCAUAUCUAUACUAUCGUUGACGUACGCGAUGCGGCCGCCAUCGACAGCUGGAUUCAACGCACAGUCAAAGAAUUGGGUCGGUUGGAUGGCGCGGCCAAUUUCGCUGGAGUCCUUGCCUGGAAACAUCUGAACAAGGUCCAGGAUGAAACCGAGGCAAACUGGGACUUUCACAUGGACGUAAACGCAAAGGGGGUGUUCUUGUCUAUGGGAGCCGAGGUGCGACACAUGACUCCUGGUGGGAGUAUUGUGAACGCUUCUAGCGCUGCAGGUCUGAUGGGCUUUGCGACCAUGGGACCCUACGUUGCCAGCAAGCACGCCGUGAUCGGCAUGACGAAGAGCGCCGCCAAGGAAAACCCACACAUUAGAUUCAAUUGCGUCGCUCCAGGGGCAAUUGAAACGGCCAUGAUGCCCGCAGACGAAAACAUCAGGGCGGCCGAGAUAAGUGGUCAGAUAUUGAAGCGGAUUGCAGACCCAAUCGAAGUAGCCAACAUCGUGGCAUUCCUGCUUAGUGAUGAGGCGUCGUUCGUCACUGGUUCUGUCUACGCGGCUGAUGGAGGUUGGACGGCAUGA